UCUCUCAGUGUAGUGUAGAAGGAUCAUAGACGAUCGCGAUUGUACAUUGUAGUGUAAUUGACCAGCAGAAAUAUCACCGAAGUAUUCACUGAAAAAUACACAUUUUUUCGUAAGAUAUGGGGCAUCAAGCUCCCAAAUCUAAAAAUUCUCGGACACACAAGCUACAACAGUCGGACCAACAUGUUAGGAGAAGUCGGGCGGCUAAGAAUUCGUCGUCUGAAGUCAGCCUUUUUGUAAAAUAUUUAUUGUUCUUCGCCAACGUAUUAUUUUGGCUUCUUGGUAUUGCCUUGAUUGGAGCUGGUGCAUGGGCCUGGUAUGAACGGGGCGUAUUUGAAAACCUUAAUCAACUGACCUCGGUCACUAUUGACCCAGUUUUACUCCUCAUAGUACCAGGUGGUGUAAUAUUUAUACUGGCAUUCGCUGGAUGCAUCGGUGCGCUCAGGGAGAACAUCAACCUUCUACGAUUUUACAGUGUAAUAUUAGGUCUUAUAUUCUUUUCGGAAGUUGCUGUUGGAGUGUUGGCCUAUGUUUACAGAGACAAGCUUGAGUCGCAAGUUUCAGAUACCAUUGAUAAUAUUAUUAGAAAUUACCGAGACAACGUUGACCUUCAAGAUUUGAUUGACUUCUUACAAAGUUAUUUCCAGUGUUGUGGUGGCAGGACCUAUGAAGAUUGGGAAAGAAAUCUGUAUUUUAAUUGUUCCUUGAGGAAAAGCCCAGAUGCAUGUGGUGUGCCAUUCUCCUGUUGUCGAGAUCAGGGCAUAGUGAUCAAUACACAAUGUGGGUACGGUGUUCGGAAUCCGGGUGUUGAUGCUGUUUCAGUAGUUUACACUGAAGGGUGUGUUGAUGUCAUCCGGCAAUGGAUAAUUGAUAAUUUUAUCAAGAUUGUUGCUGCUAUUGCAGUUGUUUUAUUAGUAGAGAUAUUUGGUGUGUGUUUCUCUCAGUCUCUUGUCAAUGAUAUACAACAUCAAAAGGCAAAGUGGCGGUAGUUGUUGCCGCAACUUUGAUUUCUGAUUUG